AUGGCCAGGGCGGUGAGUGGCCUGUUAUUGUAUGGCGCUGUGGUUGUGGCCUUCCUGGCCACUUACGGAGGCAUCAAGCAGCUGCUCGGUUGGAGAAGCGGUGCAGUGGGGAGCAAUGAGUACAGCUACGUAACAGAUAUAUGGAAGGGGCGUGGGGGGAGCAAAGGCCUCUGUUUAUUUCUCCAAAUUGGGUGUAGAAAAAAGGGAAAGGUAAACCAAGAUGAUGACGAUGACAAUGAAGAUGAUGAUGAAGAGGAGGAAGGGGAAGGCGCCAAGAGUAAGGGAAAUCAUGCAGAACUGUUACAAAAAUUAAAAAUGAACAAGGUGAGAAAACUUUCCGACGAUGAGACAAACAAAGACCUGUUACCAUAUGUUACUAAGGAAGACGAGAAGCACACAGUGGUGAAUCUGUUUGACUACUUCGUUAAGGGAAAAAAGAGAAAUAAUGGAAAAAAUGAAAUUUUUGUAAACCACAUUAUGACCCUACACAGAAUCGUAGUGAUAUGCUUCAAGCCGACUCUAAAUUUCUCUCACAUCAUUACCCAACCUAGUGAUGCUCUCCAUAAAAUAAUAACGGUAGAACAUGGAGAAAGGUUGGCCUCCAUGGAUUACCCACUUUUAUUUUAUUCAGACGAAGCUAGUUGGGGGAUGAAGAACGUCAUGUCCACCGGGAUUCUUGAAUUCUUUGCACCUCCCUUUACCAGAGAAAUUACUGAUAUUUUGAUUACCUGUGCCAACACAGAAAUAAAUGAGACAUACACUUUUGAGGAUUUGAUCAGGGUGCGCAUUCGAAUCCCUCGUAGUAGUGAAAGAAUAGUAGGCCUGAGUACAGAUCCUGAGGAUAAAGAAUUUUUCGAACAAAUAGUGGACGAAAAUGUAGAUGAGUAUGAAUUUGAAAGUUUCAAAAACAGAGUCUUAGGAUUCAAGUUGGCAGAUGCAGAACUAGAUCCAGAAAAUUGUUUCAAAGUGGUUUAUUCGGAAGAAAAGGAACUUGCGCUAGAAAUUGAAUACCAGUUUUCUAGAUGCCUAAUAUUGGAUAGACCCCAAUUUAAGCUUCGAUAUUUUUAUAUCAAUGAUGAAUACUUCGAGGAAGAAAUUCAAUUUUCCUGUUCAUUCACUUAUAAGGGGAAAAAGAAAAAGGUUACAUUCGGGGAGGCCGAGGUGAGUCCGAACACUGAUACCUACUUUAUAGAACCAGACAAAAAGGAAUUCCAAUACUUUAACGGAGUUCCCUUCAAGGUUUGUCAUUUCGAAUAUGAUGAGGGGAAAAAGAAAUCCACACAGGUGUGCGAAAGAACUAUCAACGAGUUCUCUCUCUUCAUGUACAACUGUGAAUCAGAAACCAAAAAGCAGAUUCAGUUACCUGAGCCAGUAGAGACCGUGAGGUAUCUAAAUGUUACCCACCCUCUGAAAGAUUUUAGUGAUAUCACCUUCUUAUCGAAAGAUGUACACAUAGAGAACCUACGUUGGAGAUUUCCAGAUUAUAAAUACUUCAUGACUUCAUAUAUCAACCAUGGUCCACACCCCCUGAUCAUCGAAUGUGUUAUUCCUAAUAAAACAAAAGAUAAAUUUCAAAAGGCUAACAUUUUACUCUACGUGAAAACAAACUUAAAAGACAAGAAGGUCUCCUUUUGCGAUUUUAGGAGUUCCAAAUUGUAUGAUUACCUCAACACAUACAUCAAAGGGGAUGAGUGCGAAAUUAAUGUCACUUCGAAUAGUAGCUUUGGAUUUCGAUGCCCAGAAGGAACUGUGAAGAAACCAAAAUAUUGUUUUACGGAGAUGUAUUACCUUGGGUACCUGUACCCGUUAGGAGAUCUCUUUGCACAAAAUAUAGUUAUCUAUUCUUACAAGGAUCCAACUUUAUCGUUAGCCGCCUUUACUAGUAGCCUGAGCAGAUCCUACUCGUUUGAGUGCUUCUGUGUUAAGGAGGAUGAUCAAAGUAAGAUAGAAAAGAGAGUGAUUGUGAAUUACAUAAAUGAAGACCAACUGUAUGAUUACAAUGAUAUUCCAAAGGUGCCAUAUGAAUCUGUGGUAUCGCACCCGAUGAAGACUCACCUGUGCGAUUUCAUGCAAAACAAUUCUGUCCUUAAGCCAACGAGGAAGAAGCCAAUAAACUACAUCUGUGAGGUUUUUCCAAAGCCGAUGGAAUACAUAGCCCUAGUGUGUCCUACCAAUCUGAUCGAUGAACGAAAUGAAAAAAUUCUCUCCGAUUUGCUUUUCAAGUAUGGAAACCCAGGAAUAAUAGACCAAAUAAGGGCCUUUGGAAAAAAGAGAAACAACUACUAUAAGUCCUUUCACCUUCCGAAAGAUGCCCCCUCCUACGUAAUCAACCGAUACAUGCAAACUGUAAAAAGAAUCGAUGAAAUGAUUCCAGGGGUUCUAAUCAAAGAUACUGUUCGUAUAAAAAUAGCUAGGAUCAGAAAGACAGAUGCAGGAGUGCAAGAUCCAUCCCUACCACCAGAUGAAGAUGAAGAAAUCAAUCAAAUGUACGCCAGUCACUUAGGACUCCCUAACAGUAUCCACCAUGGUUUAUUUAUCUUCCAACUUCCACCUUACAUAAAAAGAAAUGCUAUCAUCGAAUUUGCUUGUAUUAAUGAUAAAACGAAAAAAAUGGGAAAUACAGGAAAUAACGGUGUUAUGUCUGUGCACCUGAGGAAAGAAGGAAAAGCAGUUGAUGGAUGCCACUUCUACAAGAAUAAGGAAGAAAAUAGUAUUUUGAAAAAAAAAAUAAAAGUAGGUUCUAAAGAGGAUUGUGUUGUACAAAGUAAUGGAGAAAUUGAAUACAUAGGAAUUAUAUGUCCAAUUGAAAGCGGGUUAUAUUUAACUCCCUCUGGUUGUUUUCAAGAAGCAUACAACAGUUCGGAUGAACUUGUACAAAUCAGCACUUAUGAUAAGGAAUUCAAAAACUUCACCAAUGAUAGGGGAAUCUCCUACUUGAAGAUUCCGCAAAGCUUUGUCGGUUACCUUAACAUUUUCUGCUACUGUAAUGUAGAAGCACCACCAUCGGCAGAAGCCGGGUUAGCAGCACCUCUGAAAAAGGAGAAUAAAAUUAACAUCGAGUUGAAUACGUCCAAUAGGGGAAUAACGAAUGUACAAAAAAUCGACCAUCUCUACGAGUCGGAUUUUCUCAUAGGAAGCGAAUUCAUCAAUAGGAGACCAACUCCAAUAAUGAGGAAGAAACAUAUUUGUGAUUUUACAAGGGAGGAUAGUUCCUUGGCUCCACAAGACGAGUUACCCGCCAUAAAAUCCUGUUUCGUUGAUUUGGAGGAAAAUCUGAGUCUCGUGGAGGUAAUUUGUCCUAGGAACUUCAAUCCAUCUGGUGCAGACCGAUUGAAUAAUGUGCUCCGAAUGCGUAGUGUUGGAAGUGUUGCUAGCACUGUUGGGUUGACCACCCGAAGUGGGUUCCAUGGUGCUCUGCCACUACAGGAUGAACCUCUGAGCGAAGAGGAGCUAAGUAAAUACAAGCAGAUAAAGUACGUUCCGAAAGAAUAUGAAGAUGUAAUACAUCUGAAUAGUGAGAAAAAGUUGCAGGACAUCCUCCCUGGAACGAUAAUUCUGGAUCGAAGUAAAAAGUUCGGAGAAAAGGGAAUAUUCACAUUCAUCACCCCGCUGAUUGUGAAAGAUGACAUAAUCAUAAAGCUUUUAUGUGAUAAUUCAGAAACGACCCUUGGAAAUAAAAAAGGGAAAAAGGGAAUUGUCGUUGUUAAAAUUCCGAAAAGGAUAACGAAGAAAAAAUUCUAUGGAUGUGAUUUCUCUGGGAAUUCAAACAAAACCUUCUACUACUCUGAGGUACACUCCCUAACGAAGGAUAAUAAGGAGUGCCAUGUAAAGUUGAAGGAAAAUAUUAUCGUUAGUUUGAAUUGUCCUAAUGGGAAAAUUAAUCCAGACAACUGCUUCCAUAGCGUAUAUAUAAGAAGUACCAUGGAUCAGGAGAAUAUAGAAAACGUCGAAAAUAUUUUUAAUGAUGUUAAGGUAAUUAAUACAAACUAUUUGUUGAAAAAUUCAUCAGCCUUUUUGAUUAUAUCUAAAAUGAGUAACAUAAAGGAUCUGAACUUUUACUGCACUUGUGAAGAUUACAAUAGUAAAAAUGUGGGAACCAUAUACUUGAACCUACCUCAGAACCCGUCUUCCACAUCGAAGGAAAAAUAUGAUUCGGAGAAGAAGCUAGUUAUGGACAUUCCCCCCUAUUAUUCCAAAGAUACUUAUGUAUGUGAUUUUACUGAAAAGCAUUACAACAUUAUGAAUCGAUCUAAUAUAGACAUGGAGAAACUCUUGGAGAAGUAUCUACAGGAUAUUUUACUAUACCAACAUGAUGGAUUUACACACUUCAGCUUAAAUCUUAAACUAAGAAAGGAAAUAAUGAAGAAGCAAUACAUAGAAUAUGUAAAGAAACAGAUUCAGCAUUAUCGGGACAACCCUCCCGAGGUGGAAAAGUACCUUGACCAUACCCUUGUCUAUAAGUGCAAUAUCGAUUUGAGUGCAUUCGAUAAAUUUGCCAUUAAGUGUCCACCCAGAAUGGGAACUCCUUCAUCUGAUAAUGUAAUUUCCUCUCCUAAGGGACUCCAAGUUAUUGCACCCCGUUUGAUGUACACGUCUAGUCUGGGUAACGACCCCAUCUCCAUGGUGAAAGGAUUAAACAACCUCCUCUUCGGAACCAUAAUUGUUAACAAAACGAAUGAAAACAAUAUCUCUUUUUUCGAUAAAGGGGAGCUGGAACUUAUCAUAUCUCCCUAUUCUGACUCAUCGAAGAAUUUAAGUUUCUCCUGUGAAAACAUGGGAGAAGACGGAGUCAAUCGUGUAGUAGGUUAUGCAUCCAUCUUUGUAAAAAAAAAUAGCAAUAAAAUUCUGGGCUGUGAUUUUAUAGAUCCCUCAGAUGUUAACAAUCACCAGGUCCACUCACCCGCAUUUAAAACGGAACAAACAACUGGAAUGACAACUACCUACAGAAAUAAUUCAUUUGAAUUUGAAAUAGAAUUAGUGGAGGGAAAAAAUAUAUACUGUAAUAUUGAAGCUAUAGAAAAUGAUGUCGUUGGGUUCAGUUGUCCACAUAACUUCCUUACCUCCCCUGAAAAUUGCUUCGAGUCGGUACAAAUAGAAGGGGUGGAUAAAGAAUUGGAAACACACAAACUGGACAGUCUACUUAAAGGGGUCCACAUUCUUAAAAAUAAAAUAUAUGAUGUUAAUUACACCCCAUCUUAUAUUAUCCUUCCUAAGAGAAUUCCAAAAUCGAUGAAAAUUUUCUGUACAUGUAAUUCCGUGAAGCUGAUAAAAACAGGUGUUAUCCAGAUUAAUAUCAUCGGGGAUGAUUUGAAUAACUGGUUCAAAAAAGAAAUUACGCACAAUAUCUUCGCAUUCGAACAGACUAGCUACUUUUACGACUUUUCCUCUGGGCCACUCAACAUCAGCUCCGAGAAUGUACUAGAUAUCGGUGCGUUGGUCACAGAGAAGAAGGCCAAGGGAAGUCGCCAAAUUCUGAAUGGGGGGGUAGGAAUGUCGGGAUAUGCACAGAAGCGGUUAAGGGAGGCAAAAGUCGGUCCUGGCAUCACUGUCAUGGAACUACUGGAAGCAGAAUCGGAAGAGGCAGAGGAAGAGGAAGAAGAAGAAGAGGAUGGCGAUGCGGACGAUGUGGAGGAGGAGAAUGUGUUAAACCCAAUGCGUACAAAACAGGUGCACGAAAUCACCGUAGCGGUAUCUGAAUUCAGCUCCGUGAAGGUUGUGUGCCCCCUAAGAAAUGCCCAACAUUUUAGGCAAUCAAAAAUCAGUCCAGAAAAUUUCUUCGAGUAUGUGUAUGUGAAUGAAUGGGAUGCCAACAAAGACAAGCGAAGCGAAGCGGAGAAGGAAAAAAUUGUUAUGGAAAUGGUGCAGGGAAAACCGAAGGAUUCUGUAAAUAGCGGUGAAGAAGUAGAUGGACCAAAGAAAAAAGAAAACGAAAAGGAUAAAGACAAAAAUGAAAUAAAGGUAGACUACGAUAUCAUGGGUAACAAAAUAAUUGUUGCCCUAAAGACGGAAAGACCCAAAGCAACAAUAGAAGAUUCAGAAAAUGCUCUUCACCCUAAUGAUGAGAGGAAAGAAGAGGAGGGAAAAAGAAAAAAAGAUAUCCUAACAAUAAAAAAUAUAAAUGAUGUUAUAGAAUUUGUUAAUCACGAAAGAGAAGUGAGUGAAAACACAUAUGCCGGGACGAUACAUUUUUCUCCACUACUACUAAAAGAAGCAACAUUUUUUAUUUCCUGUGAUAAUUCCCUAACCCUGAACGAAAGUAGAAGAGGAAAAACUGGCAUCGUUAAAAUUGUGGUGAAGCCAAAUUAUGUAAAUAUUUUUGGAUGUGAUUUCGUGGGGGAUUAUUCCACUCAUUUUUAUUUUAGCAAGAAGUGGGAAGAAGUUCCAAAGAAUUAUGUGUGUGAAGUACAAGUGGAGGAUGAUUCCAUUGUAGGGCUAGCGUGUCCUUCACAUACCAAGUUACAUCCAUCAGAUUGUUUCGACAGUGUGAUUAAAGAUAACGUGAUUCACAAGAAGGAUUCGAUAAUAGAAGCAGUCAAUAUGUUUAUUUAUAAGGAGAAGAACAAACCAAUUCUUUCUUUCAUUCAAGUGAAACACAUCUUCUCUAGCCACUUCUCCUGCAAGUGCUACGAUUCCACCAAGGGGGAUUACAAGGAAGUCACCAUAAAAAUUAAUUAUGAGCCUUACGUUAUGGGCACACCCAGAAAGAGCCUCGGAGGCGCAGUCAUUCAGUACAGCGAUGUAGACCUGAAAUUGCCUUCGGUGCAACGCUGA